AUCUAUCUAUCUAUCUAUCUAUCUAUCUAUCUAUAUAUAUACACUUACGUACAUACAUAUAUAGACUAUGCAUAUAAUCUAGCGUAAAAAGUUUUGCUUGGUCGAAGUGUUAUUAUUUAUAUCAGAGAUAUAUGUGUUGCGAUUAACAGUUUUACGUACUAGAGUGUAGAAUAAUAAAAAAAAAAAACUAGAUAGUAAAGGUCAAGUGUCAUUUUUAUAUAUUCGACGAAGGUAAUAUUUUGUACAAAAAACAUUGAAGACAAAGAAAGAACAAAGAAUAUAUUAGAAAAAAAAUGAGUUCCGUUUGGAAAAGACUUCAACGAGUUAACAAAAGGGCGGCUAAAUUCCUAUUUACCGUUUCGUAUCAUGAAGUUACCCUUGAGACAACAUCGAAAUGGAAACCAAACAAAUUAAGCGUCGUAUGGACAAGACGUAGUAGAAGAGUUAGUUCGGAACCCUUAGAUUGGGAACCAAAUUUAAGCGAUCCCUUAAAGGGUGUUAUUAGUUGGCCAGUACCGGACAAUCAUGCCGUUUCUGUAACAUUGUUUAAAGAUCCUCGGACUCAUGAAUUAGAAGACAAAGAUUGGACUUUUGUUAUUGAAGAUGUCUCAUCGACGGGUAAAAGACGACAUGUGGCUGCUGCGAAUAUAAACAUGAAAAAGUAUGCCACACUUGAAUCUAGUCAACAACAACUUAAAUUAGAUUUGAAACCGACCUCCAAAAAAAUUGUUAGCGCUACAAUAGAAUGUACAUUGUCAUGUGUAUUUUUGAGAGAAGGAAAAGCAACGGACGAAGACAUGCAGAGUAUGGCUAGCUUAAUGUCGGUUAAUAAUAACAGCGAUAUUGCUCCAUUAGAUGAUUUUGAUAAUGAGGAUAUACCCGAAGAUGUAGAAGAAGUUAUAGUUAAAAAUAUGGAUGAAAUUUUAGAUAUUUCUGCUCAACUCGAUUUAAUGACAAGUAGUCUUACAGAAAGCGAAUUACCUAGCACUCCGAUUAGUGUGGCAAGUUUAUCUAAAGAUGAUACAACUCCUGUGAACGAUGAAGAUAAUUCCAUACGUGAGAUAAGUUUAACAGGAAUAGGAGAUUCGUUGAAAGAAAAAUCACCUUUGAAAGAUAAUGUUGCAGCUGAAAAUGACAAAAACAUUGAACAUAGUUCAUUAAGAUUGCCAUUGCAACCAUUGGACUUUAUAAAGAACGAAAUGAAUGUUCCUAGAUUAAAAGAAGUUACACCUGGUCAAGAUUUAUUGGAAUGGUGUAAAGAAGUAACAAAAGAUUAUCCCAGUGUUAAGGUUACUAAUUUAACAACGUCUUGGAGAAAUGGAAUGGCUUUUUGUACCAUUAUUCAUCAUUUUAGACCUGACCUUAUUGAUAUAGAAUCUUUAUUACCACAUGAUGUAAAAGGUAAUUGUAAAAAAGCAUUCGAUGCCGGAGAAGCCCUAGGAAUUCCUAGAGUAAUAGAACCUGCUGAUAUGGAUAUCCUAACUGUACCUGAUAAAUUAGCUGUGAUGACAUAUUUAUAUCAAUUGAGAGCACAUUUCACAGGACAUGAAUUAGAGGUACAUCAAAUAGGUAAAACAACUGAUGAAUCUUCUUAUAUGAUUGGUAGAUUUAAUACAGAUAAUAAUACUGAUGUAAGCGUACAAUUAUUCGGACAAGAAAUAAUUAAUUUACGUAAAAAGGAGCAAGUUGAACAAAGAAAUAAAAUUGAUAGUAAUAGACGGUCAAAUCCAUUUGAUAAUAAUCAAUAUAAAAAGGAUGAUAUCAGUAUAGAUACGAUAAAAAAUAAAUUACAUUUGAGUUUGAAUGCAGAUAAUCAAGAUGAUCAAUUUAAUAAAGACAAAUCACCUUCCAGCGUUAAAGAUGUUAAAGAUAUUAUAUUAGCCAGUUCGAAAAGUAUUUUGGGAAAAGUUUUGUCUCCUACGAAAGAAAAAUAUGUGACUAGAGAAAAAAGCAAGUCUCCAUCCAGAAUACCGCAAGUGCAGCAACGUCCUAUACUUAUGACUCGCCGACAAUUAACAGACCCAUUCGGGUCUGACGAUGAGGAGGACAAUAUUCAAAUUAUCGAUGAUAAAUGGUCACAAUCAAUUUCUAUAACCAAAUCGCAAUCGCCAGUUCGUGAUGAUUCAAUUAAUACCGUCGAUAAAGGAAGUCGUGGUAAUUUAGAAUGUCAAAGCGCUUCACCUCCGCAUGGAGAACAACGUGCACAACAUCCGUUAGUAAGUCGACAUGAUGAAUUGAGAGAACGUGCUAGACAAUUAUUAGAACAAGCCAGAAAUCAAUCGAAGCCUGCUGGUGUUGUUUCCGUUGCUACUAGUCCCAUCGAGACUCAAAACGAAGACGAAAGGCAACAACAAUUACGAGAAAGAGCAAGACGUUUGAUAGCAGAAGUAAAAAUGGGUGUUAAUCCGAGUCAAAAUAAUGAUGAUAAUAAUAGUGAUAGACGAUCAAUGGAUGAUCAGAAUAAUAGUCCAAGAAGAAGUGUUACGCCAUCCACACCUGGAGAUAGAUUAAGCAUAAAGUCUGAGUACAAUGGAAAUAUACUAGGUAAUACAAGCGAAGUGGAGAAAAAAACUGGUUCACCUUUAUAUUCAUUCUCUAAAAUUAUAGAAAGAAUUUCUCCUGACAAAAGUAGUCCUGAUAAGACUUCUUAUACUCUCAGAGGCUUGGGUAAAGAUAUGACGUCAUAUAUUCAAAACGAGCUUGAAGCUUUAGAGAGAGAACAAACUCAGAUAGAUAUACAAGCUGGUAAACUUGAGAAACAACUUAGAGCUGCCAUGGAAAGUGAUAAUGAAGAUGAAACUGAAAGACUGAUGUCUCUGUGGUUCAUGCUUGUUAAUAAGAAAAAUGCUUUAUUGAGAAGACAAAUGCAAUUAAAUAUAUUAGAAAAGGAAGAUGAUUUAGAACACCGUUUUGAACUUUUAAAUCGCGAAUUAAGAAGCAUUCUCGCUGUGGAAGAUUGGAGAAAGACGACUGAACAAAAGAUGCGUGAAAAUUUAUUACUGGAAGAAUUAGUGUCAAUUGUUAACAAAAGAGAUGAAUUGGUACAUCAUCUUGAUACUCAAGAAAGAGCUAUCGAGGAUGACGAUGAAAUAGAACGCGAUUUAUCAAGGGCAGGCUUAGCUCAACGAAAUAAAAAUUGUGUCGUACAAUGAACGUAUCCGAUUUUAACAAUUUUCAUCGUUAGAAUUCAUUCUUUAGAAGUUCACAAGAGAGGUAAAACAAGUUGGUAAAGUAUAUGCGAUAUUUUUGAGAAAGAAGAACGAAAAGAAGAAAAAAAAA